AUGAACGCGGAAGAGGACCGGCUAGUGACUGUUCUACCCAUCCAUCUGUCGAAUGCGCUAGCUCCCAACGUCCAUAUACACCAAUUCCCGCUAUUGACGCGCCCACUUCAGGCUCCACCGUCGGCGCGGGCGGCGGGUAAACGAAUCGCUGCCCGGAUAAAACCCAAAGUCAAGAGACUUGAGGUCCAUGUCCCUGUCGAUACUCGGCAGCAGGUUUGGAAUAACGAAAGAGCGAGGGAGCUGGGUGUAGCAAGGGUGGAGGAUGAUAAAGAGAAAAAUCAAGAAUCACAGAAGACUAAGUUAAAAGAAGGGGAAGAGCCGAGGCUCAGUGAGGUCCGCAUCCAGAGCGAACGAAUACCUCAAAAGGGCGCAUAUAUGCUGGGCGUGGUUCGUGAUGCAGGGCGACUGCAUCUACAUCCGAUCAGCGAGUCAUACCAGUUGAGACCUACCCUGACGUACAUGGAUGUCCUGUCCCGUCGAAACAAGCGUUCUCGUGCAGGCGACGAUUCAGAUUCUGACGAUGGGCCACCACCUGACCCGGAUGAAGAAGCUCCGCCACCUGUAGUGAAGAAGGAGAAGAAACCCACUCCGGGAGAAGCUCGUGAAGUACAGGUCGCUGCUCGUCGAUCGGACAAGGAAGGUGGACAAGCUAUUCAAGGUGGUCUCUCUGCAGUUAGACGAGAAAUGCUUCUCAUGAUAAGAGCUGAGGAGGAAGAAACCUGGGAAGACCUGGAGUACUGUGAGGGAGAGACCGAAGAAUCAGGACAUGCUUUUGAAGGGGUCUUUUCCAGGAGCCAGGAACCAUUGGAGUGCAAGACUGCAGUUGCAGACUUCCUAAAUAACAUCCGUGGUCUACAGUAA